GAUGCGGCUAGGCAGUGGAAACCACCGAAACUAUUCGGCUUAUUUACGGCCCUCUGUAUUCCAAGAGGCGGAAAUAGAGCUAACAUUGUUAGAUCGACGUCCUUACAGUCCACAUUUAUUGGAUAAUACGCAUGAGAUCGCGAGCAAGAUGCCGGAUUUAUUCGCGGAUAAUGCAAGCUUGGAUUAUGUGAUGGCGCGGAAUUCAAGUGUCGCAGAUUUUAAUCGUACGUGGAAUAUUAGCGAAAAUUCAACGAUUGAGCCUUACGUCCAGCAGCCUUUAACGGCUCAGCAUUACGUAUUUGUUUUGAUGUAUACGGUGACAACAUUGUUAGCGAUAUUUGGAAAUUCUAUGGCAAUGGUAAUUUUCUGUAAAGGCAAACGAUCGAAAACGGAAUUAAGACCAUUCUUGAUAAAUUUGGCGCUUGCUGAUUUAAUAAUGGCUGUGUUUUGUAUACCUUUUACGUUUACAUAUCACUUGCUGGAUUCAAACUGGGUAUUUUCAGAGCCAAUGUGUCCCAUUGUCAUGUUCUUGCAAGUGGUUUCAGUUACGGUCAGUGUGUCAACGAACAUGGCAAUCGGGAUUGACAGGUUUUGUGCUAUAGUAUUUCCAUUAAAUGCCUCCAGAAACAAUCCUCGUCGAUAUAGGAUCAUAAUUGUACUUCUUUGGUUAAUUUCACUUGCCUUUGGCAGCGUACAAUUAAUAGUCGGGCGUACGGAAUAUAGCAAUUAUGAAAAGCAUUUAAAGUGUGGCGAACAUUGGUCAGAUGAUAGCUUGUCCCGCUUUUAUACUAUUUUAGUAUUAUUUUUGACAUACAUAGUUCCUGUAGUGAUUUUAACUGUGACUUAUAGCAUCGUUGGAUACAUUCUUUGGAAACGAAACCUACCGGGAAACGCUGAUGCACAAAGGGAUAGAUCGCAGCUGAAGGCUAAAGUUAAGGUGGGUUAG